AUGACAUCGGGCCCUCUGUUCGGGAACCAGUUACAGCCCAACAACGGCGGGCUACGGACGCUCGCGGUGGUUCCCGCGGUUCUGUUCCACGCGAACCCGCACUCGAUCAAAGGCGGGGUUACGGGCGUCGACAUGUUCUUCGUCAUCUCAGGCUACCUCAUACAAGCAGGCAUCCUCUUUAAGGAAAGCUCCGGAAGCUCGUUUGCGUACACCGACUUUUAUUCGCACCGCAUCUUCCCGGCGCUGCUACUCGUGCUCACGUUCACGUUGGUCGUGGGGUGUGUGUGGCUACUGGACACGGCGGUCCAGUCCAUGGCCCUCGUGUCCGGGACGUUCUUUGAGGCCAACAUCCAGCUGCUGAUCGUCCAACAGGGCUACUUUGACGCCAGCGUCAAGGAGAAUCUGCUGCUGCAUCUGUGGUCCCUGGGGAGAGCAGUUUGA